UUUUGACUUUCGGAAAAGGUUUUGAACUUUUUGAAAAAGAUAAACACAUUACGAUUUCAAAAUUUUGUAGAAAAAUGCGGCGUCAAACGCAGAGUUGGGUGGCAUCUCCUCUUGGAAGGAACUCGCUACUGGCUCUAUUUAAAAAUAAUGACAAGCAAAAUGUGAGCAAAUAUCAACAGAUACAAAAAACAUUAAGAAACAAACAGAAUGUUAAAACAUGUAAUAAGAUCUUUCACUCAGAUACAAGUAAUGUAAAGGAUAAUCUGUCUUCCAUAGCUGAUGUGGAGAGAGUAGAUUUUCAAAAUAUACAAAGUGCUUUUACAUCCUGGGUAAUUUGUUCUCUACUUAAACACACGACUUUUGAAGGAUUAACCACAACUUUCUUAUCUACAAAGGAAGCGCUUCUCCUAGCUAAUAUUAGUAAUUUUACGGACAAAUGGAAUUGUUCUGAAAAGAGGGGUUCUAUUAUGAAGAUUUACAACUCAUUUAGUUAUACUGAGGACAUCAAAUAUGAAGCAAGUCUUCUAGAACUCCCAAUGCAUGACGAAGAGUUCAAAUUAGUGAUACUGGUACCAAAUGAAGCGGAUGUCUUGAAUGAUCUGUUCAAAAAACUAACUAGUGACGGUCUAACAGCAGCUACUGGAUGUAUUACCCCACUAUUCACUUCAGUUUGUGAAUUAAAUGCACCAAAUAUUGAGUUCAUUUCCACAUCUAAUAAAAUUCAGGAGAGUGUGAACAGUAUGACUCUAACAGCAACUGAAUUUGGCAACGUGAAAAUAAAUGAAGAGGGGGUUUCAAUAAAAGUAUUAACAUGUUUUUCUUCCAACAUCCAAGCUGAAGUAUCUACAGUUACCAAACCGGAGAAAGCUCACAAGCCGUUCUACUUUGCUAUAAUCUUUAAGGACAUGCCUUUAUUCACUGGUUAUUUUGAAAAUUUGAAUAAAUAAAUUAUAACCUAUUGAUCUAUCAUUUACAAAGUGUAAAAUGUAUCGGGCAUGAAAGUUUACGCAUCGAAUUUAGAA